AUGGAGCAGCCUCGCCCCUCCCCCAACUGGUCAGCCGUCCCCAACUGCCGGCCCCUCCCCAACUGUUCAGGUCGGCCCCUCCCCCAACUGUUCAGGCCGACCCUCCACCAACUGUUCAGGGGCCGGCCCUCCACCAACUGUUCAGGCCGGCCCUCCCCCAACUGCCGGCCCCUCCCCCAACUGUUCAGGGUCGUCAGGUCGGCCCUCCCCAACUGUCUGUGGCCGGCCCCUCCCCCAACUGUUCAGGCCGACCCCUCCACCAACUGUUCAGGUCGGCCUCCCCCCAACUGUUCAGGCCUGCCAGGCCGGCCCCUCCCCCAACUGUUCAGGUCGUUCAGGUCGGCCCCGCCCCAACUGUUCAGGCCGGCCCCUCCCCAACUGUUCAGGCCGUCAGGUCGGCCCUCCCCAACUACCAGGUCGGCCCCUCCACCCAACUGUUCAGGCUGGCCUCCCCAACUGCUCAGGUCGGCCCCUCCCCCAACUGUUCAGGCCGGCCCCCUCCCCCAACUGUUCAGGUCGGCCCUCCACCAACUGUUCAGGUCAGGUCGGCCUCCCCAACUGUUCAGGUCGGCCCCUCCACCAACUGUUCAGGUCGGCCCCUCCCCAACUGUUCAGGUCGGCCCCUCCCCCAACUGUUCAGGCCGCCAGGGUCGGCCCCCUCCACCAACUGUUUCAGGGGCCGGCCAGGUCGGCCCCUCCCCCAACUGUUCAGGCCGUCAGGUCUCCCCCCCCAACUGUUCAGGCCGCCAGGUCGGCCCCUCCACCAACUGUUCAGGCCGGGGCCAGGUCGGCCCUCCCCCCAACUGUUCAGGUCAGGUCGGCCCUCCACCAACUGUUCAGGUCGGCCCCCUCCCCCAACUGUUCAGGCCGUCGGUCGGCCCCUCCACCAACUGUUCAGGUCGGCCCCUCCACCAACUGUUCAGGUCGUGCCCUCCACCAACUGUUCAGGUCGGCCCCUCCACCAACUGUUCACCUGUCGUCAGGUCGGCCCCUCCACCAACUGUUCAGGCCGGCCCCUCCCCAACUGUUCAGGCCGCCAGGUCGCCCCUCCCCCAACUGUUUCAGGCCGUCAGGUCGACCCCUCCCCCACCGUUCAGGUCGGCCCCUCCACCAACUGUCAGGCCGCCCCCUCCACCAACUGUUCAGGCCGUUAGGGUCCCCUCCCCAACUGUUCGGCCGUCAGGUCGGCCCCCCACCAGCUGUUCGGGUGGGUCCACCAACUGGUCGGCCUCCACCAACUGUUCAGGUCGGCCUCCCUCCACCAGCUGUUCGCAAAGCCGCCAGGUCGGCCCCUCCCAACUGUUCCCGUCAGCCCCCUCCACCAACUGUUCAGGCCGUCCAGGUCGGCCCCCUCCCCCAACUGUUCAGGUCGGCCCCUCCACCAACUGUUCAGGUCGGCCCCUCCCCAACUGUUCAGGUCGGGUCCCUCCACCAACUGUUCAGGUCGGCCAGGUCCCCUCCUGUUGUUCAGGUCGGCCCCUCCCCAACUGUUCAGGUCGGCCCCUCCCCAACUGUUCAGGCGUCAGGUGCCCCUCCCCAACUGUUCAGGCCGGCCCUCCUCCACCAACUGUUGGCCGGGCCCUCCACCAACUGUUCAGGCCGUCAGGUCGGCCCUCCCCCAACUGCUCAGGUCAGGCCCCUCCCCAACUGUUCAGGUGUCAGGUCGGCCCCUCCCCAACUGUUCAGGUGGCCCUCCACCAACUGUUCAGGCCGCCAGGUCCUCCUCCCAACUGUUCAGUCCGGCCCCUCCACCAACUGUUCAGGUCCAGGUGCCUCCCCAACUGUUCAGGUCGGCCCCUCCCCAACUGUUCAGGCAGGUCGGCCCUCCACCAACUGUUCAGGCCGUCCAGGUCGGCCUCCCCAACUGUUCAGGUCGGCCUCCCCAACUGCCCAGGCCGCCAGGUCGGCCCCUCCCCAACUGUUCAGGCCGUCCAGGUCGGCCCCUCCCCAACUGUUCAGGUCGGCCCCUCCACCAACUGUUCAGGCCGGCCCUCCCCCAACUGUCAGGUCGGCCCCCUCCCCAACUGUUCAGGCCGUCAGGUCAGCCCCUCCCCCAACUGUUCAGGCCGUCAGGUCAGCCCCUCCCCAACUGUUCAGGCCGCCAGGUCCCCCUCCCCAACUGUUCAGGCCGUCAGGUCGGCCCUCCCCAACUGUUCAGGCAGUCAGGUCGGCCCCUCCCCCAACUGUUCAGGCCUGGUCCUCCACCAACUCAUGCUGUUCACCAGAUAA